AUGGCGUCUAUAACCAGCAGAAGAGGGCAGGCCAAGCCCCAGCUAAUGUCCUCAUCGACGCCUGUCACGACCACCUCCACACCCCACCCUUCGUCUCAUGAAGCUCCUCACUCCGCCGCACCGUCACACAAUGGGCCGCAUCAGCAAAGAACACAAUUCGGGACGAGGAGUGGGCAGAGCGAGGAGGCAGAAGGAGACGAGGUAGAUGAAGACCAGGAGGAAGGCGAUGAACUCACGGAUGACAUCGAGGAGCCCUCCACGCCACCAUCCAUCACCCUAUUCCCCCCGGAACCUUCAUCCUCCACCACGUCCGUCAACACCUACAACUCCCUGCUCUCCGAAGAUGACGAAGACGAUGUCCACGACGACGCCGCAAACGGCACCGGCUCAAUCUACUGCGCCGACGACGCCGCCACCCCCGUCGUCCUGCCCCCCCGCUACCGCCCAGCCGGCCUGGUGAUCCCCGCCGACCCGGCCCUCCGGCCCUCAGACCCCUACACCUUCGGCCGCCUCUUCCCCUCCCUCGACCGCCUGGCCAUCCGGCACGACGACGCCUCCGCGGACGGCAACAUGAACCUGCGCGUCGAGACCGUCGUGGCCCCCGGGAUGCGCUCCGGCUCUCUCGCCGGCCCCGGCCCCGUGCUGGGCCGCAGCCGCCGCGCCGCCACCGUCCAGCUCUUCCACCUGCGCAUGCACAACCUCGCCCGCCGCGAGUUCUCCCUCCGCCGCUACUGCCGCGACUCGGGCCGCGAGGUGUGCGGCUGCAAGCGCGCCUACGCGACCCAGCCGUCCCCGUCGCCCGCCGAUUCGUCGGCCGGCUUCCCCCGCUCCGUCUCGGCGGCCCUGCGCUCCGUCAAGACGCCCUUCCGCCGGCCCUCCUCCUCUUCCUCGUCGUCUUCGGGCUCCGCUGCUGGCUCCACGCGAUCCUCCUCCUCUCUCUUCUCCCGGAGGCCGUCGACACGGGGCAGCCUGGCCACCACGACGGCGCAAAGCGUUUCCCCCGGCAGUCGGCGCGGAUCGACCGACUCGGCUGCGAGCUCGCUUUCCGUCGCGACAUCGCAGUCCCCGCCGCAGCCGGCCUCGCUCCUCGUCCCCACCGACACCAUCAAGCUCGAGUUCAGCAACUACGCGCGCGUCGACGUCCGCCGCCACGGCGCCAGGCGCUACGAGUUCGAGUGGUGGGGCCACGAGUACGCCUGGAAGCGCUCCGUCGACAAGACGCUCAACACCGUCUCCUUCCACCUCGUCCGGGACGGGCACGGAGACCCCGUGGCGCACAUUGUCCCUGAGGUGAGGAGUCCGAACCAGGUCAGCGCCGAGGACCGGGCCGGCGGCUGGAUUCCUCCGUGCUACAUGUGGAUCAGCGACCCGGCGGUUGUCGAGGCCAUGACGGACGUAGCCGACAUCAUCGUUGCUACGGGUCUCAUGGCCUUGGUCGACGACUGCAUCAGGGACCGCUGGCAGGUCAAGAAGCCGGCCCCACUUGUCCCCGCCCGGCCCCACGUCGCCGACGCCGGUCGGUCCAGGUCCGCCGUGCGCGACUUCUUCUCCCGCAGACUGUCGACGCAGCAUUCCCACAGCCCGCUGCGCGUCGCGAGAACGCUGACUGUUCACUGA